AAGGGUUUAACAUCCCAAUGGACCACCUUUGGUUAUAUAUAAAGAAAGGAAAGACAUUUCCAUCUGAUGACACCAAAGAAGGAAUGGUGAUACAAAAAAUGCAGCUUCUUGAUGACAGUGUUGACAUUAACAGGAAUAUCAAUUUCAGAGUGAUUCGAAGUCCACAGUCAAAAUACUGUAAUUCUGAAUGUGAUAAAGCUUUGACAGAAAAGUUGUGUGUAACAAGAUAUGACCCAGUGCAGACCAGAAAUGAAUGCCAUCACUCUGUGGAAAACAGUGAUAAGUUUAUGUGGAAAACUGGACUACAAAACCAUGGAGAAGAAAAGCCACAAGAAUCACUUAUUUCCAGCAACAAAGCCACAAAUUACAACACUGUAUUAACCCACAGUGAGGAAAGACAAAAGAAUAGUUUUGUAACAUGUGAACAAAUAAUCAGAAGAGAGACUAAGUAUGAAUGUGCUACACAUAGUAGUGAGAGAAGAUGUAAACCCUACAUAUGUGACACAUGUAACAAAGGUUUCUUAUGCAAGUCAAGCUUGGUAAGGCAUCAGAAGUUUGCACACACUGUGGAGAAACCCUACAUGUGUAUGACAUGUGAGAAGAGCUUUAAAUGCAAAAUCAGUUUGGUAAGGCAUAAUUUAAUACACAAUGGAAAUGAACUAUAUACAUGCACUACAUGUGGAAAGCAUUUCACACAGAAACAUAAAUUAGGGGUACAUCAAAACAGCCACACAAGCUAUAAACCGUACAAAUGUGCUACAUGUGGCAAGGGUUUUACAAAGAAACGAUACUUGGUGAAGCAUCAGAAUGUGCACAUAGGUCAAAAACCCUAUAAAUGUGUCACAUGUGGCAAGGGUUUUAUGUACAAGUCUAGCAUGGUAAUCCAUCAGUAUGUUCACAGUGAGAAGGCUGAUCAGAAGCCCUAUAAAUGUGUCACAUGUGGCAAGGGUUUUAUAUACAAGUCUAGCAUGUUAAUCCAUCAAUAUGCUCACAGUGAGAAAGCUAGACAGAAGCCCUAUAAAUGUGCCACAUGUGGGAAUAGUUUUACGCAGAAAAGAUACUUAGUGUCACAUCAGAGGAUCCAUAUGGAGCAUGAACCGUGUAAAUGUGCCACAUGUGGCAAACAUUUUAAAUCUAAGUUUCACAUGCUAAGACAUCAAUAUGUUCACAAUGAGCAGGCUAAGCAGAAGCGCCAAAAAUGUGCCACAUGUGGCAAAAGUUUUUCAAGGUGGACUAACAUGGCAGUGCACUACCUUAUUCACUCUAGAGACAAAGUUGAGAAACCUUACAAAUGUGACACAUGUAAUAUGGGUUUCACACGGAAGGACCACUUAGUAAGACAUCAGUAUAGGCAUAAUGAGCAGAAACCUUUUAAAUGUGGUGUAUGUGAUAUGAGUUUUAUAACUAAGUUUCAGAUGAUUACACAUCAGUAUUCCCAUUCAGGACAGGAUGCAUAUACAUGUGCUGCAUCUGACCAGGGCUUUACAGAUAAUAUGAGUCUUGCACAGUAUCAGAGUAUCCAGAAUCCAUAUAAAUGUGCCACAUGUGGCAAGGGAUUAGCAACCAAGAACAGUCUAAAAACACAUGAGCGUAUCCACACUGGGCUGAAGCCCUUCAAAUGUACUACAUGUGGCAGGGCGUUAGGAACUAAGAUUAGUCUAAUAGCACAUCAGAGUAUCCAUAGUGGUCAGAGGCCUUAUAAAUGCACUACAUGUGACAAAGGGUUUGGAAGUAAGAACAAUCUGGUGAAACAUCAGCGUAUCCACUCUCGCUUAAAGCCACAGAUCAAGGAAAAAAGUAAAAAUGAAAAGAAAUUGGACGGGAGAAAAAAUGAAAAAAAACAAAGAUGGACAUGGGAAAGACAAAGAGAUCUGAUAUGGUGCAAUCUUUAUGCAAAGGAGAAAGCCAAACUAACCAAAGCCAAAAGAGCAGUUACAAAGAUAUUUUUAGAGACAUACAGACAAAGGCACCCAGAUAUGUAUAAUCUCACAAGACAAAAUAUCAAAUCACAUCGGAAUAAAGUAAAAAAGAAAAUGAGUCAGGCAGAAAUUAAAAAAAUAGAAACUGAAGUGAUAAACCAUCUGCAAAGUGAAGGGUUUAGUGUGGAAACUCCAACACAGGCAGUGCAGCAACAUGACACACCUGACAGAGGAGCAGCAGGCGGAGCAGGAUGCAACUGAAGAGGCUAUGACACAAGGCAAUGUUCUGGAACCUUCUGUAUGAAUGUCACAUAGAAGUCCAGUUCAAUUAAUGAUUUAAAACAGAUGGGUAGACAUAUUAAGAUAGAUGAAAGCAAUAGAUUACAGAAAGUAAAUAAAACCCAAAAUGUUAGAAGAAUGCUAAAACAGAUCAACACAGUAAUCAUGAUUGUUAGGAGAAAUGUGUGUGAUGUAAUUGAAAUAUAUGCAGUAUAUUACUGUGGAUCUAAACUAAUAACAGAUAGUGUUACCACAAACAUGAGUAACAAAGGAAAGGAACAAGUAGAACGGCACCAUGGAAGCACUGAAUAGGAAAAACAGAAAUCAGCUAAGACAAGAAAUAUUACUGUUAGAAGAACACAGAAAAGGGAGCGUGUCAAAAAUCUUUAGAAAGAUAGGUGUGACAGCAUCAAAACAGACUAGGAUUUAUCAUACACUAUUUCCAAUAAUAAACUAAAAAAUAUCAGCACAUGUGGAACAACCUAGAAGGUAUGCAGAUAAAUAUAAAAGAAAAAUACAAAAUAAGCACUUCAUUGAUGACCCAAAAAAUAUUUUAUAGAGAACUGGGAAAGGAAAAGAAAUGUCAUGAAAAGAAAAAAAUAGAGGAAUUUUGGGGAAGUGUUUAUGAGGACCACAUUGAACAUUAACAAAGUUGCCAAAGGGACAUAUGAAUUAAAAAAAUCAGCAAAGAACACUACGUAAAUAACAUGAAGUGGAAUGACGUAAUGGCCAGAGAAAUUGAGAUAAGAAUAAGAAAAGUUCCUAAGUGGAAAAUCCCAUGCAUGGAUGCAGUACCUAACGUCUGGCUUAAGUCAUUAACAUGUCUAUUCAAAGAUAUAGCCCUAAAUAAAAAUUGUCUGUAUGUACAUCCUAAACAGACAGAUAUCAACCUUGUUAGCAACAAUAAGAACAAUAGUCUUCCUUAAGAAAUAACCCACAAGCCAUCCUAAGAACUGGGGACCAGUAACCUACCUUCCGACAAUAUAAAUUAUUAGCUAGAAUUGAUACUGACACAGUUUAUAGCCAUCUAGAAUAAUAAUCAUUCAUGGCAAUAGAACAAAAUGGUAAUAAAAGAACAUCAUAAGGAACAAAGAAUCAUCUUUUGUUAAGUCGGGUGCCAGGAUCCGCCACAUAACCCACGCACUCAGGUCACUCCACAACAAGUACAAAUAUGACUCUGCCA